AUGCUGUGUCCUGGCAGGGCGGAUCCAGCUGCCCCCGAGAGGUUUGUGUUGGCUGUGGGCAGCGCCGUCUUCGAUGCCAUGUUUAAUGGAGGCAUGGCGACAACGUCUACGGAGAUAGAGCUACCGGACGUGGAACCAGCCGCCUUCUUAGCCUUGCUGAAAUUUCUCUAUUCAGACGAAGUUCAGAUCGGGCCAGAGACUGUGAUGACAACUCUCUACACCGCUAAAAAGUACGCAGUCCCUGCCCUUGAGGCUCACUGUGUGGAAUUUCUAAAGAAAAACCUUCGAGCGGACAACGCGUUCAUGCUUUUGACCCAGUUGUGA